GUCUUGCUUUCGCUGUGCUUCGUGUCUCAGAGUCCAUUCUUUGAGUUUGGCCAGGACCUGUGAUUUUGCCUGGAACCUGGGAAGCUGUGGAAGCCCCCCUCAUGGGUGCUCCAGGGACAUAAAUUGACAAGCCAGCCAGGAGUUGAAUUUCACAAGGUCCUAACUCCUCAGGAGCAAACCAGUCACACGAAAGAGGAAAUCACAGAACUGGAGAGAUAGCAUUUCUGGGCACACAGUGGCUUGAAGACAGAUUUCUGAACAGCAACUUAAAGUGGAUCUAGAGCAUCUCAGUGGCCAGCUAUUUUCUGAGAGUAGAAAACAAUGAUCCAGGCACAGGAGCUGCUGACCCUGGAGGAUGUGGUUGUGGUGUUCACCUGGGAGGAGUGGCAGCUCCUGAGCCCUGAGCAGAAGGACCUGUACCGAGAUGUGAUGCUGGAGAACUACAGCAGCCUGGUGUCAGUGGGUUAUCAAGCCAGCAAGCCUAGUUUCCUCUCCAGGUUGCUCCUAGGAAAACUGUGGACAGAUGGUGAAACCUGCUGCGGAACCCAGUCUGAUAUGGGGAAAGUUGAUAACCAUCUUCCCAAGCACUUAGAAAAUGAAAGCAAGGCAAACAGAAUAGAACAGUGGCAUGAACGCCAUGCAUCUGAUAGUGCUGUUCAUCAGAAUAAAGCUCAGUUUCUGUUAAGGCAAAAUCAUGAUGUAUUUACCUCACAUAGGAAAAGCGUGAAAUCAAAUUUAACUCUGGUUAGCCAGAGCAGAAGCUGUGAAAUAAAGAACACUACUGAGUUUUCUACAAAUGGAGAAUCCUUUGUGCAUGCCAACUGUGAACAAUUUCAUACUGAAAUCAAAUUCCCUGCAAGUGGAAAACUCAUCAGCACUGAAUCUCAGUUCAUUAGUCCUAAGCACCAGAAAACUCAAAAAGUAGAGAAACCUCAUAUAAGCAGUGAACAUGGGAAAGCCUUCAUCAAGAAAUCUUGGCUCACUGACCAGCAGAUCACUCAUACUAGAGAGAAACCCCAUAGAUGUAACCUGUGUGCAAAAGCCUUUUCCAGAAAAUUCAUGCUCAACAUACACCACAGAACUCAUACGGGAGAAAAACCUUAUAAAUGCACUGAAUGUGGCAAAGCCUUUCUUGCAAAAUCAGGGCUCACCAAACAUCAGAGAAUUCAUACAGGAGAGAAACCUUAUAUAUGCAGUGACUGUGGAAAGGGAUUUAUCCAAAAAGGGAAUCUCACUGUCCAUCAGCGAAUUCAUACAGGUGAGAAACCUUAUGUAUGUGACGAAUGUGGAAAAGGCUUCAUCCAGAAGAUCAGCCUCAUCACCCAUCAGAGCUUUCACUCAAGGAAGACUUCCUUUGUGUGUAGUGAAUGUGGAAAAUCCUAUGCACAUAACUCUGGUCUCAGUAGACAUAAAAAAAUUCACAUAGGAGAGAAACUCUUUGGAUGUAGUGAAUGUGGGAAAGCCUUCACUACAAAGCAACAUUUCAUUGCCCAUCACAGAAGUCAUACAGGAGAGAGACCCUAUGACUGUAAUGAGUGUGGGAAAACUUUUGCAUACAUGUCUUCCAUGUCUAGUCAUAAGAGAAUACACACAAGGGAAAAGCAGAGAGAGUCAGUUAGGGUGGAAAAUUCUGUGAAGAGUGGUAACUCAUUACAUACUAGUGAUGCCACACAGGAAAAAAAUGCUGUUAACACAGAAACCAUACAAGUGUCUUCUGUGAGCCCUCAGGCACCAUUGAAUACCAGUGGGCUCCUAGCAAAUAGGGAUGUAGUCCUUGUGGGACAGCCAGUGGACAGAUAUCCAUCCUCAGGAGGUAACAGAGGAUUUGCACAGGAGAGAAACCUUAUGAAUGCAGUGUGCGUGGUCAUGCCUUCAGUCAUCAAUUAUGUCUUAUUUUAUGUCACACAAAACCAAUAGGAAGAAGCUCAGAUACGUUCUAUAUACAAAAGGGUUGAGCAGAAAUUUCUAGUUCAUUACAUAGUGAAAAGUAUGUACUGGGAGAAAGUAUAUAAAUGCAGAGAUGGGGAAAGCCUAAUAUUCUCAUCCUGUCUAAAUGCUCCAUUGUUAUACAGGCAUAAUCUGAUGUUAACUACCCAGACACAUACAUAGCAAU